CAUUCGCCGAGCUGCAGACGGACAUGUCUGACCUGACCUCUGCCCUCGAGCACGGGAGGGUCAUCAUUCACGAGCACAAGACCUAUGUGCUCAACGUGCUCUUCCCGGGCGCGCCCGAUCACCCAGUCGGAAAGGACACGCUCCCGGUGGGAUUCACAGUCGGUGUGAAGACAGCAAUGGCUCAGUUCGAGCAGCUGCUUACAAACCGAAACUUCCUCCUGAUGCUCCUCGAAGCCCUCGAGUCGCAGAAAACAUUCAGCAGCCGGGACAGCGUCAGCGUGGCCUCGCUGUUGACGGCCGUGCUGCUACCGCGCAUGGAGUACCUGACGUCGAUCGUGGCUGGCCUGCUGCUGCGCGGCCGGCCGGCCACGCCGUCUGCUGACUGCUGGCUGUCGGUGUGCCUGUACGAGGAGCUGCGCGAGGGCGGCCCGGCCGGCCGGCUGCUGCUGCUGGUGCGCGCGCUGCACCGGCUCACGGAACGUGGGCCGGUCGAUGCGCUGACCGGCGCGGCGCGCUACUCGCUGGCAGAGAGUACGCUGCUCAAGGAACAGGUCGACUACAAAACGGUGGUGGUGCAUGCGUCGCUCAAUUCCAACCCCUCUACUUUGACGUGCGCCGCUCUUUCGUGCGACACCAUAAGCCAGGUGAAGCAGAAGAUUAUCGACCGGAUUUUCUCCAGCAGCGCCGACUCACACAAGCCGGCGCCGCAGGACUUCGACCUGGAGUGGCUGAACGGCCGCGGCGGUCGUCUGACGCUCUCCGACACGGACCUCAGUUCUGUGACGCUGCACGGCUGGAGGCGCGUCAACACCCUCUCCCACUACGGCCUGGAGGAGACGGCGAGGCUGGCGCUGGUGGCGCGUCACAGCGACGAGUACACCAACUACUCGGAGCCGUACAGCAACCCGGUGACGCACAUUUACGCCACGCCGGAGCUGACGCUGCCCAGCUCGUCGGCGGGGUACGCGAGUGGCGCGAGCAGCGGCUGCGAGCCACAGCCGGCGCAGAUCUACCACCUGAGCCGGUCGGCCUCAGCAGGCACCACCAAGAAGGACGAGCUCAAACAGCCCAUCCCGGAGAUCUACCUGACGCGACUCAUUUCCACCAAAGGAACGGUGCACAAGUACAUUGAGGACCUCUUCUCUGCCCUGCUGAGCGCCCGCCACCUGCCGGCGCCGGUGCGGUGGUUGUUCUCGCUGCUGGACGCUCCCCCUCCUCCCGAGCCGGACGGCCAGCCGGCGCGGCGCACGGCGGCAGACGUGGCGCAGAGCCGCGCCUGGAAGGCCGGCGUGUACGGCGUGCGGGUGUGGGCGGCCCUGCUGCGCCACCCGUGGACCGUGUACGACGUGCGACGCUCUCAGUCGUUCGACGCGUCCGUGGCGGUGGUGGCCGACACGUUUGUUGAGGCGCUGUUGCCGGAGGGGCCGGGUCCGCACCGCGACCUCAGCGCCGAGCGGCUGCUCUUCGUCAAAGACAUGGAGCGCUACCGCGCGGCGGCGGCCAAGUUUUUCAGUGACGUGCAGCUGGAGCCUGCGGUGUCCGACCAGGAGAUGAGCGGCCUGCUGCAGCACCUCAGCGGUCGGCACGCGGCCAUGUUGUGCACGCCGGUGGCCGCGCAGGAGCUGUUCACCUAUGUGACGCGACAUUGGCCGGCGGUGCGCCGAGCCGCCGCGGCUACCGACCCCGUGCUCCUAGCCAAGCUAGAGAGCAUUCACUACGCGUACCACGGCCAGGAGACGUCCUUCUCCAACUGAGCGGGGAGACAUGUCCCUCCAGCUGAGCGAGGAGACAGUCCUUCCCCGAGCGGACCUGAGCCGACCGGCGGCCAGCCUAGCUGCGCCGCGCGGCCGCGCGCUCUCACAUGGCCAGACCAAUCCAGUGUACCGGUCUGCUGCACUCGCCCGGAACAGGGGCAGUCUUUCGCCGACGGAGGCGGCCAGCGCCGGCCCCGACGGCCCAGCCGGGGGCCGGCGCGGCCGGGGAGGCCGGGGCUGCCGGAGCUGCCGCCGCGCGCACAGCGGCGACCAGCUCCGAGACAUUGGUGUAUGUGGGCUUUCAUGAACCGAUCGCAGCCGUGCAGCUGACUGCUUACAGAUGACCGGAGCUAACUAACAUUUAUUGGUGCUAAUGUAAGCCCCAAACUGUGAUAAUACAUGAAAUUUAUCAUCAAA